UGCUAUUGGACCCUGCGAUUGACAAUCUGGGCCUUGUCAAAGCUGUGUAUUCCAAGAACCCAGACCUGGUGCGCAGACAGGCACCUAGAGGGUCCAGUUUUUUUCUGUCGUGAUGGUGAUGGCGACCCAAGCAUGGCGCUCAGUGACCCGUUUCCUCCUUACUUCCCUAAUAUCGUGCCGGUGUGAAGCAUUAUCUCGAUACCGGCUCGUCUCCUUGAGUCUUCGCUCACCCCGCAAGACCCAGACAUCUGCGGUAUAUAAAUACAAGUGCCUUGAGCACAUGGUUUACUGCGUCUCCAAACCUUCAUCCCUCCUAUUCAGUAUAUUGCUUCCGACUUCACUUGACAAUUAAUAUGGCAACAACCAUGCGGUCACCAAAGCAUACACUCUCUCACUCUAGUUCUCUGAUGCGAUGGGCCAUCUUUUUGUCAUUUAAUAUGUUUGUUCUGAAUGCUUCAGUGGCUUCUGCGCACAGCUGGCUAGAUUGCACCAACAUGCUUCCUUCUGGCUGCGCUGGUUAUCCUCUUGGGUACCCAUCUCGCACAGACGUUGACAUCAACACAAAAUACACUUACCUUGUCAAAGACCGCCUUCCAGACGCCCCCCUUUGCCAGCCUGGCCGUCAAAACGUUCCUGGCAACAAUCCCUUCCCACCAGCAUCCGUCACCCCAGGACAGACUUUGCAUUUGACGUGGCAGCCUGAUGGUCACUUGGACGAUAGCCACCCAUCCUUUAUUGAGGUGCAUUGGUCAGGGGUACCAGCAAAGCAGCUUUACACACGCUCAGAAUUGAAUCCAGCUACGCUUUUGGGAACAAUGACCUUUGGCACGAGCGCCAACUGCGACCAGCCUUGGGAGCCCAACACCUGGUGCCACGGAUACCUUACCAUUCCAGCGGGGACACAGCCAGGCACUUAUCAGUUGAUUUGGUGGUGGAAAUAUGAUCGCAAUCCGUCCGGAGAGGAAUACUCCACUUGCUUUGAAAUCGUUGUCGGUGGUUCCGAAACGCAGCCUCGCGAUAUCUCUGUUCGUGCACUAGCGCAGACAGAAUCUUCAUCUCCACUGAUCAAGACACACAGGCUGAGCCAGAUGACCACAGAGUCUAAUUGGAGCAGCGCGAGCGCUUCAAGUGAAAACUUUACACCUGCAUUAGAGACCCUGAAGGACAUGGCAUCCAAGCCCGACGAGCCGCUCUCUGUAGUUCCUGACUUUUCGAUCGUUCAAGACAGCAAGGAGGAUCAGGCGCAUGGCAAUGAUUAUGUGGAUGAUAAAACCGGCACUUUGGCUGGGGAUGCCAUCAACGACGAGGAGGACGCUGAUGUCCCACCGCUUCCUGUCGCGACACCCACUCAGCUCAUCAGCAGCACACUUGACGAGCACCAUGACAAUACCGACGAUGUAAGUAGCACUGAACAUAAAAGUGCCGAUAGCAACCGCACUUUGAGCCCUAUGGUCAACCAGAACGGCACGCUGAACACCAACUACACGCCAAACAACUCGACAGACAGCUCGACAGGUCUUCCUACCUCCCGCCCGGAGCAUGGCGGCACAGAAUUCGGUAGUCCGCGCAACCAAACAUUGGCCAGACAGAUGCCCACGUUCAAAAGUGCCGCGUUUGGCACCAUAAUACCUCCCCUGUUUGUCGACGCAAUGAUCCUGUCGAGUGCACUGGCUGCUCUGACCUGGAUAGUUAUCUAAACUGUAAUGAACAUCUGCAAUAAAUUCUAUUGGUAUUAGACACAUUA